AUGGCUGAAAAUAGUUUAGAGUCAAUUCCAAAAUAUUUAGAUCAAUCACUUCUACCACAGCAUGCAAAGGAAGCAGAAGCACAAUUGAAAUCUAUUGAAAAUCAACCAGGGUUUUCGGUGAAUUUGCUACACAUUAUUGCUUCAACUAAUUUGGCUCCCAGUAUUAGAUUGGCGGGGGUGUUAUUUUUCAAGAACCUCGUUAAAAGAAAAUGGGUUAAUGAAGAAGGUGAAUAUUUGUUGCCAAUCUCAGAUAUCAAUCAUGUUAAAUCUGAAAUUUUGGAUAUUAUGAUUAAGUUGCCAAAUCAAUUACAAAUCCAAGUGGGAGAAACCAUAUCAAUUAUUGCCGAAUCAGACUUUCCACAUAAUUGGAAUAAUCUCAUAGACGAGCUAGUUCUGAAAUUGUCUUUAGAAGACUUUGUUCUGAAUAAAGGUAUUCUCUUGGUUGCUCAUUCGAUUUUCAAACGAUGGAGGCCACUUUUCAGAUCCGACGAACUCUUCUUGGAAAUCAAAUUAGUGCUAGAUAAAUUUGCCGAACCCUUUUUGACUUUAUUGAAUAAGUUAGAUCAGUUGAUAUCUGAAGCUUUAAGUAAACAUGAUAAAGCUUCCUUGAAUAUUUAUUUCGAGAACUUAUUGUUACUAAUCCAAAUCUAUUACGAUUUGAAUAGUCAGGAUAUUCCAGAAUUCUUUGAAGACCAUAUGAUGAAUGGAAUGGAAAUUAUGCAUAAGUAUUUAGUAUUGGAAACCCCUCUACUUACCGAUCAAGACUCAGAUGAUGAAAUCGACGUACUAAUUAAGACAAAGACAUCAAUUGUCGAAUUAGUUUCUUUGUACGUAAGCCGUUAUGCGGACGUUUUCGAGCCUCUUAUCGAAAAUUUCAUCACUACCAUCUGGAAAUUAAUUAAUAGUUAUGUUACGAAACAACAGAAGUUUGACUUAUUGGUUGUUAAAGCUUUGUCAUUUUUAACAUCCGUAACAAAAAUGGCAAAAUACCAACCACUUUUCGAUAACGAAACAUCAUUAAAGGAAAUCAUUGAAAAGAUUAUCUUGCCUAACAUCUACUUUAGAGAGAUUGAUGAAGAAUUAUUUGAGGACGAGCCAAUUAAUUUCGUUAGGUCAGACCUAGAGGGGUCAGACUUUGACUCGAGACGUAAAUCAGCUACGGACUUUUUGAGGGAGUUAAAGGAAGUUAAUACGGGAUUAUUAACGAACACAGUUAUGACUUAUGUAAACCAAUUUUUGUCGUCACAAUCAGAUUGGAAAAACAAAGAUAUAGCAAUUUACUUAUUUAGUUCCUUGGCUGCUAAGGGGAGUGUUACAAAUGUUGGUGUUACAUCCACUAAUGUUUUAGUCGACGUUGUAAAAUUCUUCAGUGAUAAUAUUGCUAAUGACUUGAUGAAUACUAAUCAUUCAACUAAUCCAAUUUUGAAAACUGAUGCAAUCAAGUACAUUUUCACGUUUAGGAAUCAAUUAACUAAAGACCAAUUAUUAACUACAUUUCCAUUAUUGAUUAACCAUUUACAAGAUUCUAACACUGUUGUUUAUACUUAUUCAUCUAUCACUAUUGAAAAGUUACUAUCCAUGAAUAGUUUCACAGAUAUUAAUCAUUCACCGGUAUUCAAUAAAAGUGACAUUCAGCCCUUUGUUAAUGAUUUGUUAACCAAUCUAUUCAGAUUGAUUUUAAGCAAUGAUCAAACAUCCCCGGAGAAAUUAGCUGAAAAUGAAUUCUUAAUGAAAUGUAUAAUGAGAGUGUUAAACACCGUUGAAAACCUAAUUGAUGACUCGUUUAAAGUAACAAUUAUUGACCAAUUAUUAAAAAUCUUGAAAAUCAUUGCUAAAAAUCCAUCGAAUCCAAAGUUUUCUCACUAUAUAUUUGAAAGUUUAGGUUUAUUAAUCAAAUUUGGAACCAAUGAUUAUGAUAGAGUAAAUCAAUAUAUUGAAAUGAUUUUACCUUCGUUAUUAGAAAUAUUAAGCGAAGAUGUUCAAGAAUUUGUUCCUUACACAUUCCAAAUUUUAGCAUUUUUAUUAGAAUUAUAUCCAAAUUCGAAGCCACUACCAGAAAGCUACAAACAAUUAAUCAAGCCUUUACUAUCUCCAGCAGUUUGGGAAUAUCGUGGUAACAUUCCUGGUGUAACGAGGUUGUUAAUUGCUAUAUUAGAACAAGAACCAUCAGUUUUCACUGCUAACGAUCAAAGCUUAACUCCCUUAUUAGGCGUGUUCCAAAAACUUAUUGCUUCAAAGGUUAAUGAUAUAUACGGUUUCGAUUUGUUGGAGUCAAUUUUCUUGAGUAUGCCAUUGAAUAUUUUAGAAAACUAUUUAAAACAAGUAGCAUUAUUAUUGUUGACUCGUUUGAAAAAUUCAAGGACUGAAAAAUUCAUUAAAAAAUUUGUGGUAUUCAUUUGUUCCUUAUGUUGCAUUCCAUUGAACGAAGAAUUAAAUUCUAAAUGCCACUCGUUAAUUAAUUCCGAUUUUGUUAUUAGUUUCAUAGAUUCGGUACAACCUGGUGUCUUUCCUCAAAUUUAUAAUAGUUUUAUGUUACCAGCAUCGUCAGGUUUAACAAACUUACAAGAUAAAAAAUUAGUAACAUUGGGAUUACUGGAAAUGGUGAAUUCAGAACAGUUCGUUAAAGGCAACUACUCAAACCUAAUUAUCCCGACGGUUGAUCAACUAGUGAGAAAUUUAACUUCUCUUGGAGGGUUACUGAAGUCCAGUAGUACGGUUAAUAACACCACCUCAGCACAAAUUGGUACGACAUCCAUUCCAAUAAACGAAUUAGAUUUAGAAGGAUCCUCUUUUGGGUCUCAAUUCUCAAAGAUUAUAUCUAUUCAAGUUAAGCCAUUUGACCCUCUACCAAAUGUUAAGAACAACGAUCAAAAUUCAAUAAAAAUGGGUGCCAUGACCAAUAUCGAAAAAUUGAACAACUUAGGUGUGUUAAACCAAUUGAAUGAUGAAACACGCCAAUUAUUAAGUAAUAUCAGUAUGUAG